GUUUAGUCUGCAGAUGCCGACGCCCGUUUUGAGGGGCGAAGACGGCAAAGCAACUGACCUCCCAUACCAGAGCAACGCCCGUUUCUCGACGACAUCAACAGCGUGGACUGGGCCCAGACGCCGCUCGGCCCCAUGCGGAGCUGGCACCGCAAGCUUGACGAGACCAUCAACCAGAUCCUCGUCGACAGCCGGCCCAUCGCCGUCUACUGGGGCCCGUCCUACAUCACCGUGUACAACGAAGCCUUCAGCAAGCUCUGCGGGUCAAAGCACCCUUCCAUGCUUGGCAUGCCGGUUCAGGAAGCGUGGGCCGAGGCGGGCCAGCGCCUAAGGGAAACCAUGCGCACCAUCUCCGCGAACACGAAGGGCGCCGUCGAGGAUGAGUGGCGAUUCUUUGUCGAGAGAGAGUCCGAGGUCGAGGGCGGUGAACCCUGGCUCGAGGAGACGUAUCUGAGGUGGUCCAUGAUUCCUAUCGUGGAAAACAACGAGUGCCUUGGCUUCAUGCACCCCGUCGCCGAGACAACGAGCGUGCGUCUCUGGGAAAGGCGCAUGAAUAUGCUCAUCGAGCUUGGCGAGGUUCUGGUCACGGCAAGGGACGUCGAAAGCUACUGGGAGAAGGUGAUCCAGGAGCUUGCCGCCGUCGAACCGCGCUACGAUAUUCCCUUGGCAAUCCUGUACACGGUCCAAGACGACACGGAGACCACUGAUGCAUCAUCCUCCUCCUCCUCCUCCUCCUCCUCCUUGUCCUCGUCCUCGUCCUCGUCCUCGUUCGCCGCUGGCCCCGCCAAGAUAUGCCGGCUUGCCGGCACUUUGGGCGUCCCAGAGAACCACCCAAUAGCGCCCGAGACCAUUAACCUGCGAGCCAACAGCGAGCCUCUUGCCUCCUCCUUCAGUCGUGCCAUCGAUGCGCCGCAUCCCAUUCUGCUGCAGACAAGCGACGGUACGCUUCCCCAAGAGCUCCUCGAGGGACUGCAGUGGCGAGGCUUUGGCGACCCCUGCCGAGCUGCCGUCAUCUGCCCCAUCCGACCGACCAAGGAAGAGAGCGUGAUGGGAUUCCUCCUCCUGGGCCUCAACUCUAGGCGUCCGUACGACAACGACUACCGCCAAUACAUUUCCCUCCUGAGCCAGAAGUUGGCCACCUCUUUGGCCUCCAUUGUCCUGCUCGAGGAGGAGGCUCGGAGAGGCCGGAGCGCUGCCGAGCAGGCCGCGUUCGACCAGGCCAUGCUCAAGGAAAAGCUCGAGGUGCAGACCAAGGAGGCCAAUGAGUCGCUGCAGAUGUUCGAGGCCGUCGCCGAGUUCGUCCCCGUCGGCAUGAGCUUCGGCGAUCCGGAGGGGAACAUCACGUACGCCAACGAUGCCUGGUACAAGAUCACCGGGUACCCCGGGACCGGGCCAGUGGCCAACCACGGCUUCCUCUCCUGCGUCAAAGAGGAAGACCACGAGAUCAUCAUCUCCGAGUACGAAAAGCUCAAGACCGUCCGCAACGUCGAGUUUGAGUUUCGCGUGAGGUGCCAGGAUGACGCAGCCGAGGGAGGAGACCCCUCGCCGCCCCUGGCGCGCACGUCGCCGAGCUUUGAGAAGGAGGACAUCGACCUCGUCUCGCUGGAGGCCGUGAAAGAACGCCACGUCUUGGCCAGUGCUAGGGCCGAAUAUGCGGCCGACGGGAGUUUGGUGCGCGUGCUGACCUGCCUGACGGACGUCACCCCCCAGAAGAGGGUGGCCGGCGAGGCUCUGCGCCGCGCACAACAAGCCGAGAACCUCAAGCGCAUGGCAGAGUUCGCCACCGUCGGCCUGUACGACAUGGACCUCGACGGGCGCCUGCUCGGUGCCAACACCGUCUUCUUCGAGAUGUGCGGCUUGCGCAAGGUCGACCCGGCCGUGGUCGACGUGAGGCCUUGGCAGAGCUGCGUGCACAAGGAGGACAUCUCCGUGCUCGUCGAGAAGCUCGAGAAGAUGGUGCGCGAGGACAAGGUGCAGAACGUCGAGGUCAGGCUCAACACCACCUGGACGGCCGACGACGGCUCGGGCCGCAAGGUUGUCGUGCCGCGCUGGGUCCAGGCGACCCUGCUCCCGGUCAAGACGCCCGAGGGGAAGAUUCAGAGCUUUACCGGCUGCCUCAACGACGUGUCGCUGCAGAAGUGGCAGUUGGAUUGGGAAAAGGAGCGGAAAGAGGAAGCCAUCGAGUCCAAGCGGCAGCAGGAGAACUUCAUCGACAUGACGUCGCACGAGAUGCGGAACCCCCUGAGCGCCAUCAUCCACUGCGCGGACGCCAUCACCGCGACGCUUUGCCGCGUCCAAGAGCUUCUCGACAGCAGUGGCCUUGGUGGCGCUGGCGGCGGCGGCGGCGGUGUUCCCGAUCUUGCCAGGAAGGAAGCGGCCGAGGCGGGCAUGGGCGAGGCGAACGAGGAUUGGGCGAUCGAAGCCCGGGAACUUGUGGACAACUGCAUCGACAACGCCGAGACCAUCGUCACGUGCGCGCAACACCAGAAGCGCAUCGUCGACGAUAUCCUGACAAUGUCAAAGCUGGAUUCGAGCCUGAUCUCCAUCACCAGGGUCAUGGUUGACCCAAUCAAGAUGGUCAAGGAGGCCCUCAAGAUGUUCGAGGUGGAAGCUCGGCGGGUCGACAUCAACCUGAGCAUGGUUGUCGACCCGUGCUACCACGAGCUCGGCAUCAAGUACCUCGUUUUCGACCCGUCUCGUCUGAAGCAGGUCCUGAUCAACCUGCUCACCAACGCGCUCAAGUUCACCAAGACCGGGCCGACCAGGAACGUCACAGUAGCCGUGAGCGCCAGCCUCACCGAGCCCACCGAGGCCACCAGCAAGGUAUCCUUCAUCCCGCGUUCCCAGGAGUCCCUGGGGGAGGUGAUCCACGACCACCCGGUCCCCGUCGACCACGCUAACCCGGUGUUCCUGAUGUUCGAGGUCGAAGACACGGGCGAGGGUCUGACGGAGGAGGAGAAGAAGAGUCUCUUCCAACGCUUCGUCCAAGCCUCGAGCCGCACCCACGUCAAGUACGGAGGUUCCGGUCUCGGCCUCUUCAUCAGCCGAAGGCUGGCCGAGCUACAGCACGGCUCCAUAGGUGUCAGGUCCGAACCGGGUGUCGGCAGCACCUUCGCCUUCUACAUCGAGGCUUACCGGCCAACCGAGGAGGCCCUGCGCGAGGCAGAGGCCAGCGGGACCCUUUCCGACCCAGCCGUAUCGGACCUGCGAGCGAACGCCAGCUUGAGCAGAAGGGGAAGCAACAGGCGCGCCAUCAGCACCAGCACGCUCACCAGCGAGUCUACCAUCGCCACGCCAACCACCUCGGGCACCAGCCCUACCGCCACCGCGGCAGUGACCCCCACCAGCGAGACUGGUGGGAGCCCGACCCCAGUGGCGUCACCCGCACCGCAGAUCACGGGUGUCUUGGUUGUUGAAGACAACCUCAUCAACCAGCAGAUCACCCGCCGCGGUCUGCUCAGCAUGGGCUUCACCGUCGAUGUCGCGAACCACGGUAUCGAAGCCCUCGACAAGCUACGCCGAACGGACCGCUAUCACCCUGCCACCUCUUCCUCGGCUUCCACCACUCCGGAAGCGGGAGCGGGAGCGGGAGCGGGAGCGGGUGCGGGUGCGGGAGGGUCUUCAUUCCCCUUCCCCUCUAGCGCGAGCAGUCUGUCCUCCACCACCACCACCACCAUCACCACCACCACCACCUCCUCCUCCUCCUCACCAUUGCCACUGCCACCGCCGCCGCUACCAGCACCAGCAUCAUCCGCCCAGUCCAUAGGCUUCAGCAAUACCAGCAGCGCCCUGACGCCGCCCGCACAGCCCUUCCCACUGUCGAUGAUCCUGAUGGACAUUGAAAUGCCCAUCCAGGACGGGCUCACGUGCACCCGCAAUAUCAGGGAGCUGGAACGCGCGGGCAAGAUUGUCGGAGGGAGGAUCCCCAUCAUUGCCGUCAGCGCCAACGCCAGGAUGGAGCAGAUCCUGGAGGCCAAGGAAGCCGGGUGUGACGAUGUGCUGGUGAAGCCGUAUCGCAUGCCCGAGCUGCUGGAGAGGAUGAAGACGGUGAUGGGAAAAGUGGUUGGUUCCGAAGGUGAGAAGGCGCCGGAGCGUGAGAGCGCGGAUACUCCUGCUAAGGAUGCUGCAGAAGGCCUGGGGGUUAUCAAGAUGGAGGGGCCGACGAAGGAGGAGGAGGAGGAGGAGGGAGAGGGAGAUGGUAUAGGGAUAGUGAAUUGAGCGAGAGGAGAGGGAACUAAAUCGAAGAGGGAGGUAAGACGAGAGGGAGGUAAGACGAAGGAAAAGAAGACAAGAAAAAAAAGGGAUAAAAAGGUAAGAACGGGAGGCAAAAGAAAGAGAGAUGGGAGAGGAUAGGUUGGUUCUGAUGUUUUCCAUUAUGGGAUUGGUCC